AUGUCCAACCCGCAGGCGCCGACCAGCUCGCCUCGGUCGGUGCCUCUCCGGUCAGCUCUGCGCGACGAUUCAGACCGGACGCCGCCCUUGAGUGGCCUGACAAAAGCGGUGCAAAUCGCCGAGCCCGACGUUACUGACGUCCUGGAGCCGCCGCCCGUCGAGGAACUGCCGCCUCGCAAGCAGUUCACGGUCACAGGCGCUAAGCGCCUCAGCGGUCGGGCGGCCGUCUUGCCGUUACCCGCGUCCUCGCGGAACUCCGUCAGCAGCCAGACCAGUCUCGAUGGCCUGGCCACGUACAUGACUUCGCCGGCGCAGCUGGCCGCCGACGACCCGCGCCAAAACGCCUCGCCCCUCAUGCGGCCGCUCAUCAACCCGCUGCAGCAGCACCACCACCAGCAGCGUCACCGCGCCGUCGAUCAUAUCAGUGGCCGCCUCCUGGCCCAGAUUAGCGAGUGGAUCCAGCACGAGCGCAUCAAGAAGGAAACUCGCAAGUCCCGCAAGGUUCGGGCUCACGGCAGCCGCAAGAACCGGUCACCGCCGGCCGAGGACGGUGCCAAGCGGAGCAGCAAGACGAAAGAGCGCCGCGAGCGGCUAGCAGCUGACGACACUGCAGCCGCGCGCGACACCACCUCAGCAGCCGCCGUCGACAAUGGUGACGACGAUGAUGACGUCCCUGUCGGUCAAACCACAGUGUCAAGACACCACCGUGCACCAUCGACGGGCUCAGCGUCGAGCGACGUGUCUCUCGACCGCCUGCAACGCAUCAUCGACGACAACAUGUCCGCUCUUGGGAUCGAGUCGAUCUCCAACUAUGUGGGCGGUCUGCGUAUUGGCGGCGGUGGCGGCAGCGGCCUAAGCAGCAGCGGCAUCAGCAACAGCGGACGCCGCCACUCGCGCACGCUGCGCUACAUUCCCAGUCGCACGGCUUCGUCCGACACCGAAUACAUGGACGGCGACGUGCUGGUGCCGGGCUGCGACGCCGUCCUGGACAACUCCAAGACGCUCAAGUACUCGACGUCUACGACCAGCAUCCCACUGGCAAGCAGCAGCGGCCGGGCAGCGUCAGACGCCGGGUCCAUCUCGAGCCGGCGCGAGGACAAGGAGCGGCAGGCAUGGUACAAGUUCAAGAACGAAAUCAUUCGCUUGGCACACACACUCCGCCUGAAGGGUUGGCGCAAGGUCCCACUCGACGCUGGCGAGACAAUCACCGUUGAGCGUCUCAGUGGUGCGCUGACCAAUGCCGUCUAUGUGGUGUCGCCUCCCGCAGACCUGGGCGGCGGCGAGCACAGCAACAAUGGCCUGGGCCAGAGCCAGAGCCACAGUGGUGGAAGUGACGCCGGGAUGUCGCCCCUGGUCAUGCCAUCGGGCUUGACACCCUCCAGCAGCACGCUCAGUUUGGCGGGUGGCAGCAGCAAGACCGUGCUGCCAAACAAGCUGUUGCUUCGCAUCUACGGCCCACAGGUGGAGCACUUAAUCGACCGCACCUUUGGCAACGGCCGCUUCGAGCAGUUCUUCAAGGCAACGACGCUGACGGCGGCCAACCUCCGCGAACCUGAGACGUCCAAGCAGAUUGCCAAGCGAAUGCGCGAGCUGCACGACGGUGUCGAACUGCUCGAGGAGGAGCUGGACGCAGGCCCCACUGUGUGGCAGAACUGGGACCGCUGGUUGGACACGGUGGAAGCCACAAUCACGUUCCUCGACCGGGAGGUGCGCCUCGGUGCAGAGCGCGAGCGCCUGCAACGGCAGGCUGCCCAGGACGGCGUUCCCGUCCCCAGCGACGCGGCGUUGCCGCCGCAGACCGGCUCGUUUAUGGACACCUGGAAGUCCAGAGGCUACGUGUGCGGCGUGGAGUGGCCCAAGUUCAAGGCGCUUCUCGAAAAACACCGCGAGAUGGUGAAGAGUUACUACGGCGGAUCGCGAAGGAUCCGAGACCGCCUGAUCUUUGCCCACAACGAUACACAAUAUGGAAACAUUCUGCGCAUCCGCCCCGACGAACGGUCGCCGCUGCUGCAGCCCGAGAAUGAGCACAAGCAGCUGAUUGUCAUUGACUUUGAGUACGCUUCGGCCAACCUUCCGGGCAACGAGUUUGCCAACCACUUCACCGAGUGGACAUACAACUACCACGACAGCGUAGCCUCGCACGCCUGCUUCGCCGACCGCUAUCCGACGCCCGAGCAACAGCGCCGCUUCAUCCGUGCCUACGUCGACCACCGCCCCGAGUUCCCGCACCAGUGCGCCAGCAGCACACCGCGCUUCGGCCCCAUGUCGCUGCCGCCUCUGCCACCUCUACUGGAGCAGCCGCUCUCCGGGCCUGUGCUGUCUGCCGGUGUGCAUUCGGCCGGCACCGCCUCGGCACCGCCCACGUUGCCGAACCAGUCGACCUCGCACACAGCCUCCUCGGCCAGCUCGAUUGUCGACUUUAUGCUAGACGCGCGCGCGCCGCCGGGUGGUUGGAUGGAGGAGGAGCGCCGGCGAGAAGAGCUGCUGGAGCGGCAGGUCGAUGAGCUCAUGGAAGAGACGCGGCUGUGGCGCGCUGCCAACAGUGCCAUGUGGGUGGCCUGGGGCAUUGUGCAAGCGAAGGUGCCUGGAUUCAGCCUGCCGCCAAAGGAGGGCUCGUCAUCUGCUGCCUCUGUUCUGGCGGAGGAUCACGACGACGACAUUACGAUUGACGGCGAGGCCGUCGAGGCCGAUGACGCUACCGAGCCCGAAGAGGAGUUUGACUACCUCGGCUACGCGCAAGAGCGUGCGUUCUUUGUGCUGGGCGACUGCAUCAAGGCGGGCCUGUUGCAACUGGACGAGCUGCCGGCCGACGUGCAGUCGAAGGUGAAGAUGAUUGAUUACUAG